GACUGUUGAUCUGGAAGUGUUGUCUUUUACAUAAAACUGGUACGCUCGGGCCAGCUCGAGUUCAGUCAUUGCGAAGAAAUUCGAGAGUGCAUUGUUUGCGUAUUACAAUUUGACCUCAAAUAAAGUGGAAAAUAGUUCCGUUUUUUUCAAGGUGAUUUUUGCUUUUUCGGUUACGAAAAGAGUAGUUUACAUUCAAGGUGAUAACGUACGCACAGAAAGAAGUUAGAAAACGAAGGUACGAUCGAACAAAAUGGGAAAAGAUUUCUAUAAGAUUUUGGGAGUGUCGAGGGGGGCUUCGGAUGAUGAGAUCAAAAAGGCUUACCGAAAGUUGGCGCUGAAGUACCAUCCGGACAAGAACAAGAGCCCCCAGGCCGAGGAACGGUUUAAGGAAGUGGCAGAAGCCUACGAAGUACUAUCGGACAAGAAGAAGCGUGACAUAUUCGACCAGUACGGCGAGGACGGUUUGAAGGGUGGACCCGGAGGCGGUGGCACUAAUGAUGCAAAUGGAUCAUUCUCGUAUCAGUUCCAUGGAGACCCAAGGGCAACGUUUGCACAAUUUUUCGGAACAAGUGAUCCGUUUGGAGUGUUUUUCGGAAGUGAUGGCGUCGGAUCGAAUAUGUUCUAUCACGAGAUUGGCGGAGAUAUGCAUGAUCCGUUCGGACUUGGUGGUCGCGGUGGAAUGGGAGGAAGUUUCCCUGGUGCUGCCAGAUCGCAGUCGUUCAAUGUGAAUGGUUCGCCCAACAGAAAGCAUAAGAUGCAGGAUCCAUUGAUAGAGCAUGACCUGUACGUGACGCUUGAGGACGUGAAUGUAGGUUGUCAAAAGAGAAUGAAAAUUUCCAAAAUGGUCAUGCGACAGGAUGGAAGCGCUCGGAAAGAAGAAAAGAUUCUGAAUAUUAACGUGAAACCCGGCUGGAAGGCUGGUACAAAAAUUACUUUCCCGAGAGAAGGCGACCAAGUUCCUGGAAAAAUUCCUGCCGACAUUGUGUUCAUCAUCCGGGAUAAACCGCAUCCGCAUUUUAAACGAGAAGGUAGUGACAUUAAGUACACGGCGAAAAUCUCCCUUCGUCAGUCACUGUGUGGGACCGUGGUCAAAGUUCCUACACUCAGCGGGGAACAGCUAUCGAUAUCAACCGUUGGGGAAAUUGUGAAGCCAAACACAGUGAAAAGGUUACAGGGCAGAGGCCUACCAUUCCCGAAAGAGCCAUCCCGACGAGGAGAUCUGCUGCUGGCAUUUGAUAUCCAAUUCCCCAGCCAGUUGAGUCCAAACGCCAAGGACAUCCUGGCGGAUUUGCUACCAUUGGAUGGGAAUUCCUAAAGCGAGAAAAACGAAGAAUGUUCUAGAGCGACGGAAAAUACGUCGCGUACGAGGCGCGUGACGAGAUAUCUCCCUCUCGAAGCUUUUCUCUCUUUGUUUGUUGACUGCCUGAUUGGUCUGAUUAUGCCAUCAAUGAGAGAGCGAGCGAGAGAGGAGAGCGAAACCAGAUUGGUGAAGCUUCCCUGUAAAUAUGUUUAGUGAAUUUUAAAUAGUGAACCAGUGCAGGUUCGAAAAAAAAAUCGAUAGCGAGCGAAGAGAGUCUGUAAAUUAUACUUCAUAAUACAAAUCGGUGAAAAAUUUGCUGUAUGAGAGAAGGAAACCAAACACUUUGUUUUUGUGUACGUUAGCUAAAUCUUUCAUUUAUCAAAAUACCAAUGUUAAAUCACAAUAGAUAUAUGAUUCCGUGUCUUAAUGUGAUGAUAAAACUGUACAUAAGAAUGAAAGUAGCGUAGCCAAAAUGUGCGCAUUAAUUGGCUACUUACAGAGGAGGAAAGUGCUGUUUAAAGUGAACUGAAAGACACACUUAAGCUUUGUUUUUGAAGUUAUGGGAGAGUAACUAGAAUAAGUUAUAGUUAUUCCUAUCGUUUGUUGUAAAUAGUAAAAAUAGGAUUAGUCGCUCAAACAGCUAAUCGAUUUGGUACGUUAUAGUACGACAUGUAAUCAUGAUAGAAAAUAAAAAUGUAUAUACAA